AUGUCGUCACAACGGCCAGACCCGAGCCAACGUACCCAGAGGCACGACGACGACGACGAAGACGACGACGGCUACCCGCCCCUGCCACCACAUCGCAGGCUUCCCCCACUACCGCCGAUUUCUAGAGACACGAGUCGCCUCACCUUCUCCCCAAACACCUCACGACGACACCCCUGGGAGCCCGAGCCUUAUACUACGCAGGACCAGGCCGAAACCUACUACCAGCUCACGCGGCACAUGGCUGAUCGGAAUUUCCAGGCCGAGUACGACGAGCUCGUGGGCAACAGUUUGAGUGGCUUCACGGCAUUCAUGUCCCAAGCGCAGGACGACUUUGGCUUCUCCCGAAACAACAACCUUGGCUGGAGCCAAAACUCAAAUUUGCUAGAUAUCUUGCAAAACGACCAGAACGACCAGCGAGACGACGACGAUAACGCCCGGCGCCAACCCCUCCAGUUGCCCCCAGUCUUUGGGUACAGGACAGUCAGGACAAUCAGCGGCCGUCAACGAACUGACGGCACAGAAGACGACUUGGAAGCAGUCAGAGCUCUGUGGAAUAGGAGAGCCCAGUACAGCUCCUCACCCUUUUCGCCGCCCAGGAUGCCUCCCAAUCAAUCCCCGCCAAAUCUUUCGCCUCUACCUCCAUCGGAGGAGUACCCAGAGGAGAAUCGGAGGGUGAAGAGGAGAAAGCUGGACUCUGAACGAAUUGCCCAGAGCUUCACGGGGUUUCGAUAUGGACGAUAUGGCCAGGUCGAGUCAGGUCAACUAAAGAUGGAAAUCAUGAGCUGUGAUGGGGGACUUUAUGAGAACACCACCCUUCACGCCCACGAAAACAUCCUCAAGGACGACAAGACUGUAUACUGCACACAGUCUAACCGCUGCAACAUCAUUCUGCGGCACCAAGGCGGUACUGCUUUCAGCUUGAAGGAACUUGUCAUCAAGGCACCGGCAUCGAAUUACUCUUCACCGUGA